AUGUAUGUGCGCAAGAAAGUAUUUCGCGCGACCGCAGGAAUUACAAUCGAGCAACAGCUUCAAAUGACAUCCCAAUUACAAGCUCAAGGGGAUGAUGUUCUCAAUACGAUCUUACAAAUGGAAAAGAUAUCCAAAAAUCAGAAGGAGACGACACAAGCAAAUGCUCUCAAGGAGCAUAGUCGUCUUAAAAAGUUGGAAGAGAAAUGCUCUAAGGAACUUGAGUCUCUACUACUGCGGAUGUAUAACGAGGCGUCUGCUGCACCAGAUUCGAUGAGGAUGGCGCAACACACUACAAGCAAUGAAAGCUUAGAUUAUAAUAAUCAAGACAACAACGAGGAUGAAUGUCGUGAUGAUCUGACUAAAGGCUCUACAAUGCAUGGCUUGUCCAGCAUGGUAUACGCUACAGAAAUAGAAGACCUUAUACGAACAGAGCAGCUCAAUCGAGUAGCUUUGAUGAACCAAAUCUCCUCUGAACGAGAGCAGAGAGCAGCUUUGAAGCAUUUUCUGAUGGCAAGCUUUCAUGAGCGAGACAACAAGAAGGGUGAUAAUCAAUGUUUGUCAGAAACUUCGCAGGAAAAUGUGAGUCAAUUAAUUAACGAUGCAAUCAUCGGGCGACAAAUGCUUGAGGUCACGAUGGAAGAGAAAUUGCAGUCAUGUGAAAAAGAUUUCAAUGCUUUUUACCAAAAAUUGCUAACUUCACUUCGCGAUGUCAGUGACCGUAUAUUAUCGGAUCAAGAACACAAAAUUGCAGCACUUGUUGAGGCUGCUGGUGGGAACAAGUGCUCGGACGAGAUGCUACGAUUAGAAAUGCUGAAUGAAUUUCGGGACCUUUUUACGCAAGUUCAAAAAGAUCUUGUCCAGUACGAGCAGGAAUUUAUCACCGCUGCGUCUGCUAGUGAUGCCGCAGGGAGUAUCGAAGCUGCAACUUCUUUAUGUGGUGGCUGGAGUGACGCAGAUGAAAAUCGCUUCUUGAGUGCUCUUUUGAGCUACAAGAAAAAGAGCGGUAGAAAGCAUCCACAAUUGUUAUACGAUCAAGUUGCGUUAGUAUUACCCAAGGUUUCUCUUGAAGAAGUUAAAAAGCAUGUUAAAUUUCACCAGCAUCUUCAAUUUUAUCAAGAAAAACGAAAAGAUCGGCAACGAGAGUUCCAGCGUAAAUUAAAGAAACAACAGAGCCGUGCCACAACAAAAUUUCGAAAGGAAGUCGAACGGAACGAAGAAACGUUACGGAAAUUUGAGCAAGUGAAGAAAAUGCAGCAGCAAUGUGAAUGGCAACGUGACCAAGUUUCACAAUGGCGUGUGACAAAGGAAGCCAAGGAACGGAUUGAGAAGCAGCAGCUUGAAAUCGAGCAAUUGCUAGAAUAUCAAAAGCGACAAGAAGAGGAACAACUGAAGCGUCGAAAGCAGGAUCAGCAGAAAUUAGCAAUUGACGAAUACAGAAACGACAAACGACUACAGCAAAUGGCGAAAGAAAAAUUUGCUAUGGAAGAAGAACAGAAGCGUCUCGAUGAACGAGUACUUAAGAGUGCUGUCGAUGCCGAACGAGUGAAGUUUCGACAUGACGCAUUUCAGCGCAAGUUGAAUCAUUUAAAGCAGGAAGAACUGAUCAAGAUUCAGCACGAAGAUCAGAGGCUGGCAGCUUUAAAUGCAUUGAAAAAGGAAACACCUUACGCUCAGAGUAUUGUCAACAUUACGCCUAAUCCAGAUCGCACCCGACAGGAGACUAUUGCCUUUCGUGCUAAUGUUGUGGCUGCUCAGGAGGGUCUAUCUAUCACGGAAACAGGAUUAUUUCCAAUGAAUGGAUAUGAUUGUGAGGCGCUGUUCAAAAAUGCAAGAUUUAAGCUUGGCAUUGCCCUUCGGAAUGCUGGCUUGAAUUCGAGCGAAUAUGCUCGCCAGGCCCUAGCAAACGUCAAAAUCUGUAACGCAGGCUCCUAUCGAAAUCACAUCGCCGAACCCACAAAGUUAUGGUGA